UCCCGCGUUCCUUCCAGCGCGAGCGCCGCUGCGGCCUCGGUGACGUCACAGGGAGCGAGCGCCAGCGGACGGAGGAGCGCAUCGCGGGACAAAACAUCAUGCGGGAUUUCACGACCUGAGAGAGAGCUGCAGAUGAGAGGAAUCCACUGAAUAACAUGGCUCUGCUGUGGAGGAGGAGCAUGUCUCUAUUGAACGGCUCUGUGGUUGGCAUGGCGCCGGGGCCCGGGGUCGUUACGGUGACCCCCGGGGGUCACAACCGGUCGUGGGAGACUCCAGUGGUCGCCCCGGAGACGCCCAUCUUCCUCAUGACCCCUGCCGCUCAAACCAUCUCGGGGAUCUUCACCUGGACGGCGCUGCUGCUCACCUGCCAACAGAUCUACAUGCACUUGCGUUAUUAUAACACUCCUAAUGAGCAGCGGCACAUUGUGCGCAUCCUCUUCAUCGUGCCCAUCUACGCCUUCGACUCGUGGCUCAGUCUGCUAUUCUUCACCAACGAGGAGUACUACGUUUACUUCGACACCGUCCGUGACUGCUACGAAGCGUUUGUGAUCUAUAACUUCUUGAGUUUGUGUUAUGAGUAUCUGGGUGGCGAGAGCGCCAUCAUGGCCGAGAUCAGAGGGAAACCCAUCCAGUCCAGUUGUGUUUACGGCACUUGUUGUCUGUGGGGCAGAACUUACUCCAUCGGCUUCCUGCGCUUCUGCAAACAGGCGACGCUGCAGUUCUGUGUGGUGAAGCCACUGAUGGCCAUGAUGACUGUGAUCCUUCAGGCCUUCGGGAAAUACAGAGACGGAGACUUCAACGCGGCCAGCGGUUAUUUAUACGUGACAAUCAUCUAUAACGUCUCGGUCAGUCUCUCUCUCUACGCUCUCUUCCUCUUCUACUUUGCCACUCGAGAUCUGUUGGAGCCGUACGGCCCCAUGCUCAAGUUCCUCAUGGUCAAAUCCGUCAUCUUCCUCUCCUUCUGGCAGGGGAUGCUGUUGGCGAUUCUGGAGAAGUGCGGCGCCAUUCCUCGCAUCAACUCUCCUGAUGUCACUGUGGGGGAGGGGACUGUCGCCGCCGGUUACCAGAACUUCAUCAUCUGCAUCGAGAUGUUUUUCGCCGCUCUGGCGCUCAGACACGCGUUCACGUACAAGGUCUACAUGGACAAGAGACUCGAUAUACAGGGUUGUGUUCCUGUCUAUGGCCAGUACGGUCGCUGUGCUCCCAUGAGCAUCUCCAGCAGUCUGAAGGAGACGAUGAAUCCGGGCGACAUGCUGCAGGACGCCAUCCAUAACUUCUCUCCGGCGUAUCAGCAGUAUACGCAGCAGAGCCGAGCCGAGCCGCUGAGCCGCUCCAACAGCAGCAGCAAUGAGAAAACACUGCUGCUCAGCUCCGACGACGAGUUCUGACGCACAUUCACACGCUAAACAAACCCUAGUGAGGAGGUGAUCAUGAUGAUGCCUACAUAGACAGCACCUUUAGACUGCUUUUGAACUGACUUCAUCAGCUCUGCUGCACGAGCAUGAACCAUUCAGAUCCCGCGCUUACAUUAUAAGCAUAAGACUAUACAGAUACAUUCACAUUUUUUAAAUGAAAUGUACAAGAAUUUGAAUAAAAUAAAUUUUAUGUUGUGUAUCACAGAUUGAGAAUCAGUAGUUUAAUGUAAGUGCGGCACAUAAAGAUGCUGCUCAUGUAGAGCGUCUCAAAUCACUCACUGAUGAGGGUUUAUUAUCUGCAGGAGUCAGUGAGACACAUCCAGACUGACAGAUGAUUAUGAAUCAUAAUGACGUGCCAUAUAUACACACAAACGCUCUUCUCGGCACUUUCUACAUGUGUGUUUCAGGGUAACGUGAAGAUUUAUUUACAUGAAGUAUCUAUAGAUUAUAAACUGCUGCAUAAUAAACCACUGGAACGACUAGUUCAUGACUGAAAUGCCUUAAACGUUACUCUCUUUGAAAACUUUACCAUAGUAAAUACCUGCAAUUUUUGAAUGAAGCAAUUUAGUUUUCUUUCUUUCUUUCUUUCUUUCUCAAAAUGGAUGUAAAGAUGAGUGAGAUACAGAUAAAACAGAAUAAACCUCAGAUGUUGAAAGUA